AUGAUUUUUUACCUCCUUGUUUGUUUUACACAUGCAGCUAUCACCAAGAAAUCUUUGAAAGGUCAUCCAAAUUAAUUACUAGCUCAUAUAAUUAUAUAACAAGUAUUUAGCAAUUGAUUUUGAUUUUGAAAGGGGGUCUGCUAUGGGAUUAUUAAAAGAAAAGUAUAAUAUGUUUUAUCAAUUAGUCUACUAAAAAGGGUUCAACGAGUAAACAAUCACAAAAGACAACAUCUUCUUGAUUUGGCUUUAAGGAGGUCCUGGUUGUUCAUCACAGAGUACAUUUUAUGAAUUGAUUGGUCCAUUCCACAUUGAAAAAUCUGAUGCUGAGUUUACAAUUCAAAAAAAAGAUAAUAGUUGGAAUGACUUUGCUUCGAUUUUAUUCGUUGAUCGACCUUUUGAACUGGAUUUAGCUAAGGGGAUAUAUCAAUUAAUUCAACAUUGCAAGCUUCAGGUUAUUUUGUAGAAUUUAUGGUUGAAUUCUUCAAGGUUCCUCCCAAAUUCCAAUUGGCUUAAACUUACCUUACUGGAUUCAGUUACCCAGGUCACUUUGCUCCUCUAUUUUCGAAUAGUUUGCUUAAUAGUGACAUCAAGUUUAAUUAUAAAGGAUUUAUAAUUGAAAAUGGAUUAUAAAGUAUGCUACAUUGAACUUCGUCAAUAUCCUCAUACUUAUAUGUGA